AUGCCGCGGAAGGACAAAGGCAAGUCAAUCGCCGGCGGAGAAGAGAAUGUAGUCGAGGGUUCUGGUCCACGGCAUGCUAGAUCACGCGGCAUUAACGCGUCGAUUAGGAGAGAUAGGGGGCCGGGGAUUAGUAUACGGGAAGGUUCGAGAUACGAUGAUGAUGGACCUGAGGACGAUGAUGCUGAUGCUGAUGCUAAUGCUGAGGAGCAGUCGAAUGUCGUGACGAGAGGUCAUGAUGGGAGAUUUACGAGUUCACGACCACCUCGAUCUGUAGCGCCUUGGCUUGUUCAGGGGCCGAUGGACGGUGGACCCGAUGUUGGGACCGUUAUUCCUAGUUUUGGGGCCCAUGUUGCUCGAUAUAUUUGGGACGAGCAUGAUCGACGGUUUUUGCGGUGUCAUACUAGAGCUAGUGUGUGUAGAUUGUUGAGUGAAUGGAUGGAGGGAUUUACGGCAGACACUGCUACGCAGAUACGACAGACUGGGUUGUCGCACCUGUCGAGCAUUAUGCACGACCACCUUGAUUUUCCGCUGAUUUCUGCUUUUGUGGAGAGAUGGCAACCAGAUACAAACACCUUCCACCUACCUUUUGGUGAGAUGACCAUCAUGUUGCACGACGUUUACCACAUACUUGGUAUUCAGGUUGAAGGUGAUAUGGUUGCCGAGGAUCUAUCUAGUGACCAGUAUAGGACAUUUGCAGCUGAGUUGUUAUAG